UGUAUUAAAUUUAUUGUUUGUAAGAAAUAAAGCAUUGUUCCCACAAGCGGAUGUCUAUUAAUUAUUGCAAAGUCUGGCAUAACAUGAAUAAAACAUAGUCUCGAUUCGCAGAACAUUGUCAACAAGACUCGUGAAAUCACGUGCGCCCAUAACUAAUAACAUAUAACCUCUUUGCGAAAUCAUAAUUCAUUAAAUAAGUACAAGGAAACGGAAGACAAUCAAAAUCGUGCAUCCGCCAUUUAAAUAUGACGCACAAAUCAGCUGCCCGACACGUUUUUUAUUGUUUGAUGAAAGGCCUCUAAUUUUUUAUUCGGAUUAUACACUGUAACCCUAGACGCUAAAUUAAUAUACAGGCAGCAAUACUCUUCGCUUAGCACCUUUGCAUACUAACUUCUAUGCAGGGGGGUACCUUUUCUUUGCAGCUUACUGUACAGUAAGCAAACAGAAAAUUGGAGGGGAGAAGCCACAGUAGCAUAUAAUAAAUAUGUUUUCACCACAGCGGCUCGUAAAGGUUCUCUUUAUUGUUCAAAAACUGAUGAGAAAAUUGCAUUUUAUCCACAAGAGUGGCAAAGUUGAUACACAUUUUGAGGUGGUAGGUACAUCAUGUUGGCUAGUGGAAUUAACGUAAGUAAAGAAUGAUUUUGAAUGAUACAUAUCUAAUCUAAUAGCGUUAAUUUGGAUAAGAUUUGAAACAUUUUACAGCAAGUAGGUGUUUACCUCGCGUUGAUUUAAAAAAAAAUGUGUUUUACUCGCUGGAAAAGUUUGAUUAACCCUCGGGCCUUGAAACCCUCGCACUUUUCGAACCACCCGCAACGCUUGUAGUUCAUUUUUGGGAUUUUUCACCAGCUCAAAUAUCAAUUCUGCUAAUAAAUAGCACGAGGAGUUAAGCAACAACUUCGCCCCCUUGUAAAACAAAUAACUAUUUUCUAAUCCCGACAGUCGGUACUUCCGCAAUUUUACGCUUCAUUUAUAGCCAAACUUAAAGUUUAAGAUAAUACGUAAUAGGUCGUGUUCUAUCUGACAGUAAUUUAUGUAGAACACUCGAGCGCGAGAAAACCCACAGUUGGUGGCUAGUCUUCAUGACACAGUGACGUUUAGAAGGCCAGCCAAAGAGCACUUUUUACCUACGCCGUUUUUUAUACCAAUCGGCAACAAACGCACAUAUUAAUGUAGUUUUUUUGUCGACGCUUUACUGACUUAGCGUUAGUUUGGUCUAAAAUGGUCGAGCUAUCGUCUCUUCAAGAAAAUUAAUAGCAAGCUUAGGUAUAUAUUACAUAAUGAAUUUUUGUUUUAGGAUAUUGUGUUAUUUGUGUUUAGUGGUUGUUAUGUUAUGUUCCAACGCUCUCGGAGUAUACAUCUCCAACUUGAACGAAGCCUGCUACCGCUGCCUCUGCCAUGUGGCCGGCUGCAACACGUCGCAUGCCUGCUCGGGGGGCUACUGCGGGCCCUUCUACAUAUCUAGAGUGUACUGGGUGGAUGCUGGCAAGCCCACGCUGCCUGACGAUGAUCCCGUGAGGGAGCAAGCGUUUGAAGACUGCGCGCGGGAUUACCACUGCUCUCUAAAGAUAAUUGAAGGCUACAUGGCGAAGUUUGGAAAGGACUGCAACGGCGACGGCGUGACGAACUGCUUCGACUACAUGAUGAUAAACCACCACGGCGGAGGCGCCUGCCACUAUCCUCUGGACGCAGACCCGCUAGGACGACGCAGGCUGGCACUGUUCAACCAGUGCCGUUUUUAAUAUAUCUAACCAUGGGCGUAGGCAGGCAUAUGCAGGUAUAUGUAACUUUUGUUACACUCUGUAUAAAUGUCGGUCGUUUUAAGUAGAGAGACAACAGAAUAGUUUAAAUUAACUUUAUUCUAUAGUAUAUUUGUCUUACAUCAGUCGAAAUAUUUAUAUUAAGCCUUAUAAAUAAUCGUAAUAAAUUGUACCAAUUAAUUUUUG